AUGUCAAACCUCGAGUCCGACGGUUUAUCCGUCGCCUACACCUCGGACCGUACCGGCUCGCCCGAUCUGCGACUAAUCCACUACAAUGACGUCUAUCACAUCGAGUCCGGAUCAGCCGAGCCCAUUGGUGGUGCCUCCCGAUUCCAGUCUCUCGUGAAUUAUUACCGCUCCGACCCGCGGUUUACCGGUCAACCUGACGUCCUCACCUUCUUCUCCGGCGAUGCCUUCAAUCCCAGCCUCGAGAGCACCGUCACAAAGGGUCGCCAUAUGGUGCCCUUCCUGAAUAAAACCGGGAUCGAUGUAGCGUGUGUGGGUAAUCAUGAUCUGGACUUCGGAGUGUCGCAAUUUCGACAUCUGUCGAGCCAAUGUCAUUUCCCUUGGCUGCUGGCCAACGUUCUCGAUCCAGCCCUUGGAGAGGAUGUUCCAAUCGCCAACUGCGGGAAAACGUGCUUGCUGACCUCCUCUAAUGGUAUCAAGAUUGGUGUGAUUGGUUUAGGGGAGAGAGAAUGGCUUGGCACGAUUAACUCGCUUCCGCCCGACUUGAUUUACAAAUCUGCUUCCGCGACUGCGAAAGAACUGGCACCCCAACUCCGAGAACAGGGCGCAGAGUUGGUUGUCGUCGUUUCUCAUCAGCGCGAGCCAAAUGACAACAAACUGGCCAACAAUCUGCCCCCAGGACUAGUUGAUAUUAUUCUUGGAGGACACGAUCACUACUACGCUCAUACAGUUGUUAACGGGACUCAUGUACUACGAUCUGGCACUGAUUUUAAGCAGUUGAGUUACAUCGAAGCUUUUCGCAAACCUAGUACAGAGGCGGGCUGGGAUUUCAACAUCAUACGACGGGAUGUCGUACGGUCCAUUCCGGAGGACCCGGCGACCAUUGCCAUGGUUGAUCGACUAACAUCCAGCCUCCAGGCAAAGCUUGAGAAGCCCGUAGGCUACACAGUCAGCCCGCUAGAUGGUCGAUUUUCCACCGUUCGCCAGCGCGAGUCAAAUUUGGGCAACUUCGUGUGCGACUUGAUGCGCUACUAUUAUGCCGCCGAUUGUGCAAUGAUGGCCGGUGGGACCAUUCGCGGCGAUCAAAUCUACCCGCCCGGUAUUCUACGGCUGAAAGAUCUGUUGAAUUGUUUCCCUUUCGAAGACCCGGUAGUUCUUCUACGCCUUCGCGGUCGGGCUUUGUUGGAUGCAUUGGAAAACGGAGUCAGCCAGCUUCCGGCCCUCGAGGGUCGAUUCACCCAAGUUUCCAACAUUUCCUUUGGUUUCAAGCUGAAUGCCCCUUCUGGCUCACGCUUAACUUUUGCGCGAGUGGGUGGACAAGCUAUUGACCCGGAACGGGAAUACGUUGUUGCCACACGUGGUUACAUGGCUCGUGGAAAGGAUGGCUUCACGUCGCUGCUGGUUAAAUCCGAGGGUGGUGACGUUGAGGAACUGGUUUGCGAAGAGAACGGAGUCCUCAUCAGCACUAUCCUGCGCCAAUAUUUCCUCAGCCUCAAGGUACUCGGCAAGUGGCGUCGUUGGAGUCCGAGUCUUCGUCGACAUUGGGGUUUGGUGCACCGGAGUCUGCAUCGUAGUGGCUGGCUUAAACCACCCUCGGCAUUGCCAUCGCCAGAGACGGAGAAAGCGCCGGCUCAUCGACUAGAGCUGCGACCGCCACUUCAACGAACCAGUCGCGAGGCUUACUAUUAUGGAAGGUUCCCUCAGGAAAUUGAGCCAGCCCAGGUUGCUACCAACGGGACUAACAGCGAUGCCAUGGACUCGGACUCUGAUGAGGACCCCGAGAUCCUCACGUCGCCCAUGCCAACGAGCAACUAUGUGACAUAUCCUGCCAAGUCGUCUACGGAAGAAGAACACCGCUUAAAGCUCGCACGUCGUGUUGUUCGAAAGUGGAUGCGACAUGCUGGGCUAGAGCCAUCGGCCCUCAACAGCAUGGAUGGCGAGGGUGAGUUUAUCCCUCCUUGGACGUCUGGAAUUUCCCCUCGGGUCGAGGGACGCAUCGUGGUUGAGUGA